AUGGUGAAGCUGAAGCAGAAAAGAGCGCUGAGAAUUUUGCUGCCUGAUAGACCGCUGAGAGCUGGACACGUGAGUUUGGGGAAAAUUUUGCCACGUGGAUUUUUGGCGGGAAAUUUAAAAUUCGAAUUCUAACUCGAAUAUCAUUCGCGAAAAAAUUCAAAUUUCAAAAAAAAAUUGUUCUGGCGGGAAAUCUGAAAAUUCAAAAUUUUAUUUUUCCUCUGCCCCACGUGGCUUCCAAUUUUCCCGCCAAAAACCAGAAUUUCAUUUUUAAUCCUCUCAAUUUUCGUCUUUCACCACAAAAAAACCAGAAUACAUUUCAAUUAUGAAAUUUGCAUCCGGUUGAAUUACUUCUUCAAAAUUUCUCAACAAAAAAAAAUUCCAGAAAGAAUUGAUCGAAUUGUGUCUGAAAAUCCCGGAUGCCGUGCAAAUCGUGGAAUCGAAGGCGGUUUUUGAGGGAAGGUGUCGAGCCUCGUUUUCGGGACAAGAUUCGGUGAAUGUUUUGGCGGAUGAGAAGUUGACGAUUCCGUUUGAACAGGUCUCGUUGCCCACUUCUAAGGUGAGGUUUUUUGAAAUCAGCGGGAAAUUUGGAUCACAAUGAUACCAAGAACGACACUCCGCAUUAACGUAGCGAAUUUUUGCAGGGCUUCGACGUGAUUCCCGAAGGAUCUCACCGCCUCCCAAUAUUCCUCCAAGUGCCACCAAACCUCCCCGGAACUUUUCAAGCAAAAUGGGGUGCGAUUGUGUAUCGAUUGGUCUUCAAGAUCAAAAUCAAGAGGUUCACAUCGGGAGACGAGGGAACUAUUGAGUGUGAGAAGAAUUGCGAGGUUUUCGGCAAGGUUGCCUUGCAACAACAGCCGAGUUAUGCGAAAUCGGUGAAUUUGGAGAGACAUGUGAAGAAGAAGGUGGGGAAACAUUUUUUGGAUUUCGAAAAAGUCCACAUAAUUUUCAAACUUCAAAAUCCGUAUUUUGAGAAAAUUUUGAAACAGUGAAUUUUAUUUGAAAAUUUUUUGUGCCGAAAAAUCAGAAAUCGUGAAUUAAAUUUGGCGCCAAAAAAGCCACGUGGAUUUUUAUUUCAAAAAAAAUUAUACUAAAUUUUUGAAGUUGAAAUUUUGAAACAGUGGAUUUUUUUUUUGAAAUUUUCAAAAUUUGUGAUUCCGAUUCCACGAGAAUCACAGUAUUUUUUUUAGAUUUUAAAAUUCUACAUCAUUUUUUUCUCGUGAAAUUAAAAAAAAAAGCUAGAUUAUUUCGAAUUCCAAAAACUCAAAUUUGUGAAAAUUUUGAAACAGUAAAUUUUUUUGUACCAAAAAAUCAGAAAUCGUGAAUUAAAUUUUGCCACGAGGAUUUUUAUUUCAAUAUGAACAAAUGCUAUAUCGAAAAAAAAAUUAUACUGAAUUUUUGAAGUUGAAAUUUUGAAACAGUAGAUUUUUUUUUGAAAUUUUCAAAAUUUGUGAUUCCGAUUCCACGUGAAAUACAGUACUUUUUUUGAAUUUUAAAAUUCUACAUCAUUUUUUUCGUGAAAAUAAAAAAUACUGGAUUAUUCUGAAUUCCAAAAACCCAAUUUGUGAAAAUUUUGAAACAGUGAAUUUUUUUGGACCGAAAAAUCAGAAAUCGUGAAUUAAAUUUAGCCACGAGGAUUUUUAUUUCAAAAUGAAAAAUCUCUGUAUCGAAAAAAAUUAUACUGAAUUUUUGAAGUUGAAAUUUUGAAACAGUAGAUUUUUGUGAAGCUUUUGAAUUUUCCAAAGCUGCGAAAAAUAAUCGAAUAUCCUUUCAAAAAUUUUUUUUGACAAAAUUUUGAAACAGUAGAUUUUUUUUUCUAAAAAUAAUUUUCCCAUCCCAAAAAAUGACUCAACUCUUAUCAAAUCUCACUUAUUUUUGAACAGUCACCAACCGGUUUUUUUCCAAAAAAAAAAAUUCUUCCAGAUAUUCUUUGUGAAUCGACUUGACGCAACUCUAAAAAUCGAGCUGGAAAGAGCCGCAUUUCUUGUAGGUUUGUGAUAUUUUUCAACUAUUUUAGUAGAAAACCAGAUCUUUUGAGACAAAAGUGAUUUUUUUUUGAAAAAAUUGUACAAUCCGGUUUUCGCACUGUUAUGAUAAGCUAAUAGUCAUGUUUUUCAAGGUGAAUAUAUUUUGGUUUCGGGGAAAAUCGAAAAUCAUCACUCGAAUAUUCCGAUCAAAAGGAUCGGUAUUGAGAUUCGACAACAUUUGAUUUAUGCCAGUGGAGAUGCACAGAAAAUUGAGUUAGUGGAACUUGGGGUGAUUUUUGCGCAAAAAUUGGGGUUUUUCCCGCGAAAAAGUGACCUGGAAGAUUGCAAAGAUGUUUUCGAAAAAUUCACUGUUUCAAAAAUGUUGUAAUAUUUUUUAUGGUGGAAAAUUAAUGCUACAUGUCAUGACUGUUUUGGAAUUACUACUUUUCGAGCUCAAAAUUUUUCAAUUAAAAAAGUUCACUGUUUCAAAAAAUUAUAAUUUUUCAUGUUGGAAACUGAAUUGUUUGUUUCGGCAAAAUUUUUUGAAACAGUGUUUUUUUAUAUUUGAAAAAAAAUUAGUUUAGGUUUGAAAAAUCGCAAAUUUUCAAAGGUAAAUCUAAUUUUUUUCCUGAAAUUUCUGAACAACUAAAGUAAAAAUUUUGAAUUGAACGAAGUCUGCAAAACCUUACAACUUUAAUUCAGAAAAAUUUUGAGAAAAACUUGAAACAGUGAAAAAUAUUCAUUUUUUCAAAUUGCAAAAAAAAUAUUAGGUUUGCAAAAUCGCAAAUUUUCAGAGCUGAAAAAUAUCUUCAAGGUAAAAAUGCAAACAAUUUAUUAAAUAAAGUAAGAAAUCCAAACUUUCCAACUUGGAUCCAGAAAAAUUAUGAGAUAAACUUGAAACAGUGAAAAUUUUAUUGGAUUUUUUUUGUUGAAACAAUUGAAAAAAAUUCCAGGCAAGGUUAGGUAUCAAAAAAUCGCAAAUUUCUGAAAUUCCGCAUGAACUCAAUUUUACUGUUCAACUUUCUUUCAGAAAAAAAAUGAGGAAAACUUGAAACAGUGAAUUUUUAUGAAGCCGAUAAUUUUGAUCCAAAAAUUUUUCCGGUCAAAUUCUUCCCCAAAAAAUCCCCUCAAAUUCCGUUUCCAGCUCUCGCCUGAUGUCCAAACAAAUCAUCGGCUCCGUGCCAGUCAAUGGUCAAUUCCAAAUCCAUCACUCCCUCAAAAUCCCCCACGAUUGUUAUCCGAGUUUGGUCCUAAACGGAAGCCCGAUUCAGGUAGGCUUCAGCCCAAUUUCAGCUCGAGCCCCCCGAAUUUUCCAGGUGACCUACGAGAUUUUGCUGGUGCAUUCGGGACAUUUCGAAGUGGGCGUUCCGAUUUUCAUCGGAAAUUGUGGUGCCACACCGAAUCGUCACAGUAUUUUGGGUGCGGAGAGUGUUAGCACGGUGUAUUGUGUGCCGCCGUCGGAAUUUAGUGUGGGAGGAGGCGAAUCGCAGGCUGCCACGUCACCACCUCCACCACCAUAUUCGACUUUUGGAAGGGUGAGAGAUUUUGAAAAUAGUUCCAGAAAUUUUUCAAAAAAAGUUUCACUGUUUCAUAAAAUUCUAAAUUAUUUUCAAGUUUAAAUCAGAUUUUUUUGACAAAAAAAAUUUUCAAAUUUUGCCACGUCAUGAAAUGAUAUGGCCUAGAAAACCAAAUACUGUAGAUUUGGUUUUCUCUUCCACGGCUCAAAUAUAGAGAGGCUUAGUCCAAAUCUUAGGCUUACUCAGCGUUUGCGUACGUAGCUUAAACGUAGACGAACCGAUGUCAGCCGCUGACAUCGGUUUAGCUACACAAAUAGGUACGGUUUAGCUACGCAAUUUGUGUUUGUGUGCCGGAAAUGGGUUUUGUUUUCAUUUUUCAGUCGCCCUAGGAAUUUUUCUAUUUUUAACACAUAGAAUGGAACUUGUGAUGUAUUUAUUAUACAAUUUAUAUGUGAAAAUGAUAAAAUAAUAAUUUAUGACGACACUGAAGGUGUUCGCAGCAAAAACAAAGGAAUAUAUAAAACAUGGAAGAUAAAAAUUAAGAAUGAGUUGGGUUUGAAUUUUUAAAAAGGGAGAUUUUCACGCGAUUAGAGCACGCAUGAUCAUUACCAUUUAGGAAUGCCCAAUGGUCUCGACGCCUCCACGAAGAAGGCCGAGAUUUGUCUGUUGGUUUAUGGCAUCUCCUCUUCGUGGAGGAGCCGAGUAGUGAACACACCCUUGGCAAUAGAUGGAUCAGCAUACCAUAAUCGGUGUUUUUUGCAAUAAUGACAUCAUACAACCGGGUGUUUCAUUCAAUUUGGGUGUGGAGGGAGAAAAUUAAUCAUCGGCAGUGUUUUGAAGAAGAAGGAAAGGGUAGAUGGUGAGCGGUAUUAGUGUUUGAUCAUGGAUCAUUGUAGAAGUUUUGAUAAAUCGAGGUUGAGCUUAUUGAUUUGCUUAGUGAUUCUCCCGGAAAAUGCGUUGGAUCGGAUCUUUGAUUUUUGGUUUCUCGAGGUGGACAGCCUUGGUUUGUGUCUUUUGGAUUUCUGAAUAACUUGGAAGAAUCUGUAAAAAUUUAGAUCAACUUUUCCGGCUGCCAUUUUUUGGAACAUUUUAAAGUCAAAAAUUUCGCGGCGGUUUUUUAAGGAUUGGAGUUCGAGGUUGAUAUUUCUCGUCUCGGGACUUACCCUACCCAUAUUCUGAUAACAAUCGAAUCCAAAUUUACGCAUAAAUACUUUUCUUGUGAAUAAAUUUUGAACCUUUUCGAUACUUUCUAUACCACAUUUUUCUGCUGGAGAUGUUAUUGUUGUUCCAUAUUCCAGUAAUGGUCGAAUAUAUGUUUUGAAUAAUGAUGUGAGAAAUUUUGGGUCUCUUGAAUAAAAACUUUUGAAUACUAAAUAAAUCAGUCUUUUUGAUUUCAAAAUUUGAUUGGCCCAGUGGGAUUUGAAAUCUAGACUUGGCGUGACUGUGAAUCCCAAGUCGCGAACUUCUUCGACUCUCUUCAUUUGUGUUCCAUCGAUUGUGUAGUUAUGGUGUGUCAAUUUUUUCCAAUCGAAAUCACUUGGGUUUUUGUUUUUGAUAGACGCAAGUCUGAAUCUGCACUCCAUUCCACAACUAAAUCGAUGGCUGCCUGGGUAUCUGAAAAGGUUUGCGCCAGCCUCGAGUCGGCUUGCGCGUAUAAUUUCAAAUCAUCGGCGAACAUUACACAAGAAAUCGACGGAAGUUUAGAUGAAAUAAAAUGGGGGAGAUCAGAGGUAAAAAUCGAGAAUAAUAGCGGCGACAAGACACAUCCUUGUGGAACCCCACUCGGACAUUCAAGAAAAUUAGAGAUAAAGUCCGUUACGCGAACACAAAAUUUUCGGUUAGUUAUAAAGUCUAUAAUCCACGCGACCACUUUUCUGUGGACUCCGAUUUGUUGUAGUUUGUGGAUUAGUUUUUCGUGAUUUACGGAAUCGAAUGCUUUUUCAUAGUCGAAAAGUACCACAUCUAUUUGUUUUUUCUCUUCCAGUAAAUCCCACCAAUCUUCAGUGGCCACAUGCAUUGCGGUGGUUGUUGAUCUUUUGGAACGAAAUCCAUGUUGUUCAUGAGGUAUAAUUUGAUAUUUAUCCAUCAGUUCAGUAAGAUUCUUCUUGAUUAUUUUUUCGCAUAAUCUGGCUAUUUGUGAAGUGAGCGAAAUGGGGCGGAAAUCAGAUACGGAGUUAGGUGAGUUAGUUUUGGGAAUGGGAAUUACAAUUGAGUUUCGCCAGCGGGUGGGAAUUUUAGAGUGCAUGAAGGUUAGAUUGAAAAUAUAGGAUAGAGGGAAGGAGAGAAAUAUUCUGAGUGUUUUGAUGAAGGUGAAUGGAAUCUCAUCUGAUGUGAGCGUGGUCGAGUUUUUCGCAUCCUUGAUGAGUUUCUCAACCUCAGCGGGAGAUGUCCAGGGAAUGUUGUGCUCUCGAAUUGGACCUUGAACUUCGCCAAUAAAGUUUUGGGGGUGUGGUACAUAGAAUUUCGCGAAUUGAGCCAGGAAUCCGUUGGCUUUUUCCUCAUCCGUAACUAGUUGUGAUCCCAUAUCGUCAAUAAUUGGGUCGGACUUGCGGGUAUUUCCCGGUUUCAGCUUGUUUUUAAUGAAUGAGAAGAAUUCUCUUGAGUUCUUCUCGUCAAAUUUUCUUUUUUCGAUGGUCCGAUUGUGCUUCUUCAGUCGACUUUGGAACUUUUUGUUGUAGUUCUGGUAUUCGACAAUUCGGCUCUCCGUGCGAGAAAAUGUGGCCUGGGUCCACAGGAUUUUUCGGUGAUCAUACAUUUGCUGCAGAUAGUUUGGCAGGAUGUCACGUUCCACAUUUCUUUUUACGAGCUUUGUUGUGGAGUAAUAAACAUGCUCCACUAUCAUCAAGAAUGUUUCAUAUAUUUUGUCGAUUUCGAUGCAUGUUCCAAAUAGAGUAAUCCAAUCAAUAUUCAGUAACAUUUUUGAUGCCAGAUCGAAGUCGAGAUUCUUGAUGUCGCGGUAAAUGACGAUUUCUUCUUGGAAAUCCACUUCUGUGGGGAUUUUGAUCUCCACCGUGUUAUGGUCCGAAGAUCCAAUCGGCGGUUCAAUUUUGGGUCGAGGAACAUCAUUGAUGUUCGUGAUAGCAAGGUCGAGGAUGUUUGAUUUUCUGGUGGGCUCGCGAAUUAUCUGAGAAAAAUGAUGUGCCAGAAUAAAUUCAGAAAGUAACUUAUCCUUGGCUUCUUUACCCCCGAAAUCGGAUGAGUUCCAAUCAAUAUGUGGCAAGUUGAAAUCUCCGAGUACUACGAUUUCACUGUCAAGUGAUGAUAAAUCCGAAAUAUUAUCCAGAAGCUCUUCCAUGUGUUCCGGAUGUGAAUUUGGUGGGAUGUAUACGACAGCUAUGAUUAUUUUGGCCAAUGAGUGUGAAGGUGUGACUUCGACUGCCAGGAGUUCAUAGUUGGAUUUUUCAGAUGAAGAGAAAAUAAUCGUGGCUGGAAUUUGGUUAGUGAUUAGUAGCGCCACGCCGCCACCCUUUUUCACUGAUCUGUCGCGACGCAUUAUCUUGUAAUCGGGCAAGCAUGACACACAAAAAUAUAAUUUCAACAAAUAAAAAUUGAAUUUUGAGUACAUAGAAAAAUUUAUUUGAAUUUUCGGUGGUGGUGGGAAUUGUUUUCUGGCUGGCAAGGUGGCUACUUCUGUUUUGAUUGAUCGGUGGUGGAAUCCAAGCUGAAAAACGGAAUUAUUGAACUGAAAAUAGACUGCGAAGUGAAAAUAUUUAUCAAGAACUAGAGAUUCAAGAGAAGUGACGUUAUUACAAAAGAUUGGACGAAAAUUCCAAAAAUCCUCCGUUUCUAGACUCUACCGAUCAUAAUAAUCAAACAAAAACUCACUUUUUGUUUCCAAAAUUCACUUCUUGACGAGAUUUUCACAUUUUUCCUAUUGAAAUCUUUUUUUCGUCCAAAAAUCAAUUUUUUGGGCGAAUCAAACGGUUUCUCUGCAAGUUUAUACAUUACAUAUGGUAAAAUUAAUAUUUUAAUGUAACUUACCUUCUCAAAACCGGUUGAAGUCGACGAAACUGUGAUUUUGUAGCAAUUUUAGGCCGCGAAAAACAAAAAUGAAAAACAAAAUGAGCAACCGCAGCGCACUCAAAAGUACUCGCCUUGCAACGCGGUCAGCUUGUAAAAAUGCGUAGCUAAACCGUAGCUACGAAUUAGCUAAAUGCACCCUCUGUCUACGUUUAAGCUACGCCCGCAAAUGCUGAGUAGGGUUAGCCUAAAGCCUUAGGCUUAGCCCUAACCCUAGGCUUCUCCAAAAUCCCAAUUUUUGCAGCCCGACCCAAUAUUCAUCCCAAUUCACAUGCUCAAAACACCAUACCGCCCAUUCGGUCCACCAAAUUAUCAUCACCACCCAAAUUACGAUCAAAAUUUCAAUAAUCUGAAGUCGCAUUCCCCACCACCGCCACCAAGAUUCAUUAAAAUCGAGGAAAUUGUUGAUGAUGAAUAA